CCUCUCCUUGCCAGCCUCCGGGGGCAGGAGGGACUGUCACUGUCUGUACCCUCCUCCUGACGCUCCUGGCAUUUCCCAGGUGAUGGAAGUGUUGUUUUUUCCCUCUCUUGGGGUGAUAAUUUCCUGUGUUUGGUAAGCUGAGGUCAGGGAGUGGGAGGAGAACUGGUCUGCAGCUGUAUUGGAGCAUCAGGGCCCUGGGGCUGUGACAAAACGUGGGCUCUGUGUUUAUUCGAGAGCCUGAAGUGACUCCUUGUAGAGAAGUUGUGCUGGUCAGGAUUCCUGGAAGGGCACGCAGGGAUUGGGUGGUUUCUGUGGUGUGUGCCAGUCAAACUGGGUGAAAACUGGCUGAGAACUGCACAGAGAGCUCCUUCUCCCCUUGGUCAGGCUGGUGGGACCAGCGUGGCCUUAUGGUGUGUGCCUGCAGAAAGAAUUGGGGUUUGUAAGGAGCAAAUCUUGAGGGAAUUCAGUGCCAGGCAGCCCUUAACACACAAACACCGACCACCUGAGAGACUCCUUGUUCAGCAACUCGGGAAUGCCUCUGCAAAUCCAACCAGGGAGGUGUACAGUGAGGGAAGGACCAAUUGAAUUCCCUGUAUCUAUAUUAAAGCAUUGCUUUAAGUGUAAAGGAAUGAACAGGCAUCAGUCCAUAGGAUGCUUUUCCUCUUGUCCUGUCCCUCCCAGGGAAUAUCCCGCAGCCAGGGGCUGUGUGGGUGCUGAUACAGCAGCCUCUGGAGCACGCGGUGGGGGCAAGCAAACAAACAAACAAGUCUGGAGGAGGGAAACGAUUAGCCGAGCCUCAGCUGGUUGUUUCCCCUCUUGAAUGGCCCUCUUUCAUCAGGAUGUGUUGGGACAAGUGCUUUUUCAAGGCAGGAUAUCAGAGGAAGACACAGUGUUCCCUAAAAGCCAUCCAGUUCCCGGGGAGCAUCAGCAGCCGCGAUUCCUCUGCUCCGCACAGAAAAUACGCUUGACCUUUUCUUUGCCUUCUGGUGUUGUUUUUUUUUUUAUGGGUUCAGAAGCAAAAGGAUGUGAGUUUUCCAGCUGGUUAUGAAUCUCUUCGAAUUCCCUGACUUCUGUCUGACGCUGGGGCCACCACGAUGCUGCCGCUGUGCAAAGAAAAGCAGCCCGAAUUACCUCAGCGAGAGCUUUUUCAUGGUGAAAGGUGCAGCCCUUUUCUUACAGCAAGGAAACAGCUCCCAGGGCCAGCGAAGCCUCCAGCAUCCCCACAAACAUGCAGGUGACUUGCCCCAGCACCUCCAGGUGAUGAUCAACCUCCUGCGCUGUGAGGACAGGAUCAAACUGGCCGUGCGUUUGGAGAGCGUGUGGACCGACCGCGUGCGCUACAUGGUGGUGGUGUACAGCAGCGGGCGGCAGGACACCGAGGAGAACAUCCUGCUGGGAGUGGACUUCUCCAGCAAGGAGAGUAAAAGCUGCACUAUAGGAAUGGUUCUUCGUCUGUGGAGUGAUACUAAAAUCCAUCUGGAUGGGGAUGGCGGCUUCAGCGUGAGCACUGCAGGGAGGAUGCACAUCUUCAAACCUGUGUCGGUGCAGGCCAUGUGGUCUGCUUUACAGAUCCUCCACAAAGCCUGUGAAGUUGCCAGGAGGUACAACUACUUCCCAGGAGGGGUGGCCUUGGUGUGGGCCACCUACUACGAGAGCUGCAUCAGCUCGGACCAGAGCUGCAUCAAUGAGUGGAACGCCAUGCAGGACCUGGAGUCCACCCGCCCUGACUCCCCAGCCCUCUUUGUGGACAAGCCGACGGAAAGGGAACGAACCGAGCGGCUCAUCAAAGCCAAGCUUCGGAGCAUCAUGACCAGCAAAGAUCUGGAAAAUGUGACUUCCAAGGAGAUCCGAAACGAGCUGGAGAAACACAUGAACUGCAACUUGAAGGAAUUCAAGGAAUUUAUAGACAAUGAAAUGCUGCUGAUCCUGGGUCAGAUGGACAAACCAUCCCUGAUUUUUGAUCAUCUGUACCUGGGCUCCGAGUGGAACGCUUCCAACCUGGAGGAGCUGCAGGGCUCGGGCAUUGACUACAUCCUGAACGUCACCCGGGAGAUCGACAACUUCUUCCCAGGCCUGUUCGCGUAUCACAACAUCCGGGUGUACGACGAGGAGACCACGGACCUGCUGGCACACUGGAACGAGGCUUAUCACUUCAUCAACAAGGCCAAGAAGAACCACUCCAAGUGCCUGGUGCACUGCAAGAUGGGCGUGAGCCGCUCCGCGUCCACCGUCAUCGCCUAUGCCAUGAAGGAAUUCGGCUGGUCCCUGGAAAAGGCCUACAAUUACGUGAAGCAGAAGCGCAGCAUCACGCGGCCCAACGCCGGCUUCAUGCGGCAGCUGCUGGAGUACGAGGGCAUUUUGGAUGCCAGCAAGCAGCGCCACAAUAAACUGUGGAAGCAGCAGGCAGAGAGCAACCUGCCCCAGAACACCGACGGCACCACGGGGUCGGGAGACUUCUUACUGGAGAGCUUGGACAUCGACCUGGAAAACCGCCUGGCUGACCUGGACAUGCCUUCCCAGUCAGCCUACCUGGACAACCGCGCCGGCUCCGACGGCUCCGUGGGCUUCGAUUACUGCUUCCGCCGCCUCUCGGACACGCUGCUGGAGAACAAGAUUCCUGGGGACAGGGAGGGCUUCUUCCACAUGGAACAGCUGCAGAGGGAUGCCCUGGUGGGACAGCCUCCGUCUGCAACAACCCCGGGGAGGCUGCUGGAGACGGGAAAGGUCCCGGAGAGAGCAGAGCCACUGGCAGAGCUGCGGGGCUUCUGUGAGAAAGAGGCAAAGAAGAAACUGGACUUCAGCCCCAGGAAGGGAAGGAUGGUCCUUGGGGAGCCAGGGGAGGAUGGUGUCAGGGAGGAAAAUCCCAUGGAAAAGUGGAAGCGGCGUUUGUCCAUGCACAAGGAGGAGAGCAGGCUCAAUAGGGAGAACUUGAAUAACAACAACAGCAAAAGGAGUUGCCCAGAGGAUUUUGAGCACGAUGCCGUGUUUGGGAUCCUCAGCAAGGUGAAGCCUUCCUACCAGUCCUGCACUGACUGCAUGUAUUCCUCAGCGGGAUUGGCCCCCGACUCCUUCGGGGAGCAGUGCGAGAGGCUCGGCGCCGGCGCCACGCGGCGCAGCAGCACCAUCUGCACCCAGCCCCCGCUCCUGUCCCACCUGCACUCCCACCUGAUGGAACACCUGCCCAGCAGGGCACCCCCCGAGGAGCCAGGCAGAACUAAACACAACGAGGCUCCGCUCCCCCUGGCACCAGGAGCCGGGUCUGUGGAGGUUGGCACGUGCAGGUCCCUCGAUCAGCACUGCGGCCUUUUGGAGAGAGGGAAAGAUGCGCCAAAAACCCCCGAAAAAACUCUGCUGCCCAGGAGAAACUCCCACUGUGACAGGAGCCUCCUUCACGCAGAGGUGGUGAGGGAAGAGUCUCUGGCCAGAAAGGACCCCAGACCUACCAAGGACCUGAAGCACCUGUUGUUCAGCAAAGACUUGGAAAAGCCAAGCGCCAACAGUUACUUGAUGCAGCACCAGGAGUCGCUGCUCCAGCUGCAGAAAGCGGGAUUGGUCAGGAAGCACACCAAAGAGCUGGAGCGCCUCAAGAGCCUGCCCUCGGACGCCUCGGCGCUGCUCAGGGACAGCCCCCUGGGCAGGGUGGACUCCAGCAUCGUGGAGGAAAGCGAGGACUUGAUGUCCCAUCCCGGCCUCAUGCCUCUCCUGGCACCGGCCCCGCUGGUGCCUGGAGACGCCGAGAACGACGUGGAGAAGCUGGGGGUGAAGCGUGUCCUGGAGGGGAUCUCCCAGAAAAGCCCCGUGGCGGCCGGGUGCCGCCUGGAGCACACGAGCAGCUUCACCAAGGACUUCCUGAAGACCAUCUGCUACACCCCCUCCUCCUCCCGCAGCUCCAACCUGACACGGAGCUCCAGCAGCGACAGCAUCCACAGCGUGCGCGGCAAACCCGGCCUGGUGAAGCAGCGCACGCAGGAGAUCGAGACCAGGCUGCGCCUGGCCGGCCUCACCGUGUCCUCACCCCUGAAAAGAUCCAAUUCCCUCGCCAAGCUGGGAUGUCUUAACCUGUCCUCUGAGGAUUUGUCGAGUGACGUGGAUGUGUCCACCAUCACGGACUCCAAGGAGGCCGUGUCCAGCGAGUGCUCCGUGCUCUGUGAGCCCCCGCUGAGGAGCGUGGAGGGCACCUCCAAACCAGGGGUGAAGCCUCUGGCUGGGAACUUGAAGAAUACACUCUGGAUGGGCAAAAGUUGA